AUGACAGUUGAAAACAACAACCAGCCAGCUCUCGUAUCACAGAGCCUACAAGAACAAACCAGCGUCCUCCACAGUCUCAACCAGCUUCAGUUGAACGACAGACUACCUCCCCCGCCCUCGCCUGCGCCUCCAACUCGCGCCCGUUGGUACUACGAGAAGGAUUGGAACAUCCCUGUGCCGCGGUCGGAGUCAACCUAUCUCGACGUUGUCCUAGGAGUCAAGGUCAGAGACUUACAGUACAAGUCUAUCGAGGCAGUGAUCGUCACUGUGGAACAAUUCAUUGGCACGAGGACAUACUCCAGAUGUGAGGUCAUCACCCCACAGGAACUGCGACGACUAUGCUUGAGCACCACCAUACCAUUUGCCUCCGUGUCGCAGGACCCCGACUUGGAUUCGGACGAAGACGCAGACUUAGGAAUCAUGAAGUGGAAGAUAAAAGAACAGUUGCUACAGUCCGAAGGCGCGUUCCACGCCGCGAUUGAAGUCAAGACCUGGGAAGGAGCCUUGCGAGACUUUGGGACAAUCGAGGUUCACUUCGUAGAGACACACAGCAAUGCUCGUCGAUACUACCUUCAUGAUCCCAUGUACACUGAGCACCAGCCUUAUGUUUUUUCGAUCGACGUGAACAACACAGGAUGUCCAGGUAUCGAUAGGCUUGCAGAGAAACCCAACUUUGUGGAUUCAUAUGUGUUUUCGAAGGAGGGAGCGCAUCUAGCGAUCGACGUGCUUUCGAAAUCAGGACGAUUUGUUAUCCUCUGGCAAAUCAAUGAGCUCCCAGCAUCGGAUCCAAGAUCCAUUCACCGACCAGGCAACCCGAAUUAUAACGGACAGGAUAACGGGGAAGCAGGAAUGAGCUUUUGUCCUGUUGUCGUGGCAUGGAUGUAUUUUUCUAAAUCAAAGGCGGAACCCUCAUCGGUCGACCUUGCCCUCUCUUUCGAUGGCACACAAGUUGCAGUGCUAGAUAAGAUCAGACCCACCGUAGGCAGACCUGAGGGUCAAGGGGACGAGGACAAGGAGGCUCACGAACGCUGCACCGCGGUUUACAAGUUCAGUCCCGAGAGUAUCGAUAUUGGAGACUUUCCACCAGACGCGAACGCAGGUUCAGGAUUUGUGCGGGUCAACGUUGCAGAGACAUGCCCCAAUUUUGCCGACUUUGAAGGCCGCGCAGAGUUUCAUGUCGUAGCAGCGAAGGAUCCGGACGUCAAGGAUGAGCUCCUGGUGGCCUGCGACGGUGUGACGGUUGAGAUUUACAGUGUCUAUGGAGUGUGGCGUCAUGUCCGGACCAUUGUUCUUGAUCCGACCAAGGACAGUUGGACGUUUCGGCGCAAUGUCUUUGCGGCUCUUUUCAAGCAACUGCGGGGGAGACAUUUGGUGCUGCUGAAUGCCCAAGGUUCUAGGGUGUCGACAUGGGAUAUCGAGACGGGUGAGCAGGUGUCGUCCAGUAACCGAUUUGGAGCGUUGGAGAUGUGGGCGCUGAGCCAUGUUGCCAACGUUUCUCGGGAUGGCAUGCUGAUUACAAUUCCCGGAAAAGAACAUCUGGGGGUAUUUGAGACGACGACGUGGAAGGUGGUGGGAUGGUUCAAGUUCCCGGGUGUUGGAAGGCGGGAGUAUGUAGGCGAGGGAUUGUUUAUCAGGAACGACAAGCAGGUGAUGGUUUCGAUUGAAUCUGACGAGCAGCCAUUGUAUCGGAGGAACCGCGGAUACAUUAUUAACUUGGAGACGAUGAAGGUUGCGGAUGAGUAUGUGUCUCCUGGCACGGACAUCUUUAGGGCGUUACCGACGAUGGACGGGAGCGAGGAGCAAGUUAUCCUUGGGGUAGGCAACUCGAGUGCGUAUGGUUUUCGAGUUGAGGACCGGGUUCUUUUGGCGGCGGUGUCAGGUGAGGACGAGGAUGAUGACCACGACUUGUAG